GAAACUUUGCAUUUGGUUAAACACAAUCAAACAUUUUCUGAUUAAUGUUUGUUUCAUUUGAAUGAGUUUUUGUUAUAACAGUGAUUACUAUCAGUUAAUAUGUCUGUAUUGACACAAUUAUUGUCUAUAUUAACAUCGGAUAUUCGUACGACCCUUAUAUCACUGGUAAUCGGGUACAUAGUGUAUAGAGUAGUCAAGUUUUAUCACUACAGAUCCACAUUACCUCCUGGUCCACACCCACUCCCUUUACUCGGAAAUAUUUUAUUGUUCAAGUCGCCCCUACAUUGGGAUGAGGUGUUCCGGAAUGUGGCCAAACAGUACGGCCCGGUAUUCACGUUCUGGUUCGGGACUACACCGCAGGUUAUUGUGACGGACAGUGAGUUGGCCCGCGAGGCCUUCCGUAAGAAUGACUUCGCCGGCAGAAGUAAUUCCUAUAUCGGCAGUCAGCUGUCCAACGAUGAGUUUACGGACGUAAUUAUGGCUGAUUAUGGCCACACGUGGGAGGCGUUAAGACGGGUCGCACACUCGGCUAUUCAGAAGUACUCCUCAAAUGAUAAAUUGGUGUAUUUAGCCAAUGAGUCGGUGGACCGGACGGUGAACACCAUAAUAGAAAAGGAAGGGCUGAACAAAGCGUUUGUACCGCACGAGUAUAUAUUCCUAAUGUUUCUCAACAUUCUGGCUACCAGUGCUUUUGGACAGAGCUAUGAUUUAGAAGACAAGGAGUUUAAAGAACUUAAAUAUGGGAUCAAAGACUUUGGACGUGAAGUCGGCGGAAGGAUGUUGUUGUGGGAAUUCUUACCUAUAAUUCGUGUAUUGGAUAGAAAAAUGGUUAAAAAACAAAAAGCAGUCACAAGAGGUGUCAUCGACUUAAUUAGACAUAAGUUUGUCUCUCAUUACUCGGACUACUCGGAGGAUAUUGAGAGAGACUUUUGUGAUGCACUCAUAAGUGCUAAGAAUGAGGCCCUCAGAGACAACAAGGAAUCGGCCCCUUAUCUCAUUGAUGCCAACCUAUCGAUGUGUAUAUUUGAUCUGUUCUUCGCGGGCACCGAUACCUCUCAGCAGACGUUUCAAUGGCUUUUAAUUUUGUUGACAUACUAUCCGGAAAUGCAGCGAAAGUUGAGACAAGAGAUUGAGACACAAAUCGGAGACCGAAUGCCAACACAUGAGGACAGGAAUCGAUGCCAUUAUGUCAUGGCUUUCAUCGCUGAGACACUGAGGUUCAGAAAUGUAGCCCCUUUUGGUGUCCCACAUAAGGCUGUUGUCCAGAGUACUAUCGGUAAAUAUACAAUUCCUAAAGAUAUGGGAGUUUUCGUAUAUCAGGGGAUAGUUUGUCGAAAUGACAGGGAUUGGGACAAAGGGUUUGAGUUUAUUCCCGAGAGGUUUCUGGACAGUGAGGGACAGUUCAUGACUACACGUCCAAAGGCGUACAUCCCGUUCGGUGUGGGACGACGUGUUUGUUUGGGCGAGAAGUUAGCCAUCGCUGACCUCUUCCUAGUUUUGGUCAGAUUUCUGCAGUCGACUCAAGACUACGAUAUAGUCCUCGACACUAGAUUUUACCACCUGAGAUCCACAUUACCUCCUGGUCCAUUUCCACUUCCCUUCUUAGGGAAUAUAUUGUUAUUCAAAUCUACACACCAUUGGGACGAUAUAUUCCGAAAUAUGACCAAACAGUAUGGCCCGGUAUUCACGUUUUGGUUGGGAAACACCCCUAAUGUGAUGAUUGCGGACAUAGACAUAGCUCGCGAAGCAUUCAAGAAAAAUGACAUUGCUGGCAGGACUGAACUAUUUUUCGGAUCUUUAUUCUCAAACGAUGAUGUUAAAGACGUGGUGUUUACCGAUUACGGAAAUACCUGGGAGGCACUGAGACGGGUGGCCCACUCGGCCGUACAAAAAUACUCGCUAAAUAACAGGCUCGUAGACGUGGCCACUGAUUGUGUGGACCGGACUGUGAAAACUAUAAUAGAUAAGGAAGGUGUGGGUAAACCCUUUUCGCCUGUUGAUUACAUAUACCUCACGUUUCUCAACAUAUUAGCAAAUAGUACUUUUGGACAGAGGGACUUUUGUGAUGCACUCAUAACCGCUAAGAAUGAGUCCCUCAGAGAGGGUAAAGAGUCGGCCCCUUAUCUCACCGAUGAUAACCUGGUGAUGACUAUAUUGGAUCUGUUUUUUGCCGGAACCGAUACCUCUCAACAGACAUUCCAAUGGAUGCUUCUUCUGAUGACAUAUUACCCGCAAAUGCAGCGAAAGUUGAGACAAGAGAUUGAGACACAAAUCGGAGACCGAAUGCCAACACAUGAGGACAGGAAUCGAUGCCAUUAUGUCAUGGCUUUCAUCGCCGAAACACUGAGGUUCAGGAAUAUAGCCCCACAGGGAGUCCCUCAUAGGGCUGUUGUCAGGACUACUAUCGGCAAAUAUACAAUCCCUGAAAAUAUGGGAGUUCUUGUGUGUCAGGGAAUCAUUUGUCGUAAUGAUAAGGAUUGGCACAAAGGAAAUGAGUUCAUUCCCGAGAGAUUUCUGGACAGUGAGGGCAGGUAUAAGACUACCCGCCCAAAGGCGUACAUCCCGUUCGGUGUGGGACGACGUGUUUGUCCGGGAGAGAAGUUAGCCAUCGCUAACCUCUUCAUAGUUUUGGUCAGAUUUCUGCAGUCGACUCAUGAUUACGAUAUAGUCCUCGACAUGUUCAAAUCGAAACUCCAUUUCGAUGAUGUGCUCCGGAAUGUGGCCAAGAAGUACGGCCCGGUAUUCACGGUUUGGUUGGGAAACUCCCCCCACGUGUUUGUUACGGACAUAGAUAUGGCUCGCGAGGCGUUCAAGAAAAAUGACAUUGCUGGCAGGACUGAUUCAUUUUUCGGAUCUCAAUUAUCCAAUGACACGAUGAAAGACGUUGUAUUUACCGAUUACGGACAUACCUGGGAAGCUCUUAGAAGGGUCGCCCACUCGGCCGUACAGCUGGCAUACGUGGCCACCGAUUGUGUGGACCGGACGGUGAAAACCAUAUUAGAUAAGGAAGGAGUGGGUAAACCCUUUUCGCCCAUCAAUUACAUAUAUCUCACAUUUCUCAACAUAUUAGCCACCAGUACGUUUGGGCAGAGUUAUGAUUUGGAGGAUAAGGAGUUUAAGGAUCUGAAGUAUGUCUUAAGGGAUUUUGGUCGAGAGAAAGACUACUCGGAAUCCAUUGAAAGGGACUUUUGUGAUGCACUCAUAACCGCUAAGAAUGAGGCCCUCAGAGAGGGUAAAGAGUCGGCCCCUUAUCUCACCGAUGAA